CAGAUGCUAAAUAGAAAAAGAAUCAACCACAAUGAAUUAGGACUGUUAAGAUGAUAAGAGUUUCAAAGGAAAAUACAAUAUGUUAUGGUGGCGUGGUGUCAACUUUUUGUUUAUAGAUUAUUGUGAAACCAUUCUGCCUUUUAUCACGGACCACAUAUAAUCUACCAAUUUAUUCAAAAAUGAGUGAAUUGAAUAGAAAACAAUCUUUUCUCUUUCCCAAUGGUUAUUUCAAAGAGUUCAAAGAAAUUUUGUUACUCUCUUGGCCUAUUAUUGUAACAGAAAUUUUAAAUAUACUCUAUAGUAUAGUUGCAGUAAUAUUUUGCGGACAUUUGGGAAAAAAUGAAUUAGAUGGAGUUGCAUUAGCCAAUUCAAUUAUCAAUGUUUUUGGAAUGUCAGUAUAUACUGGUUUAAGCUCGGCCUGUGAUACCUUAUUCUCACAGAUUUAUGGAAGUAGUAACAAAAAAUUAAUGGGUGUAGUUUUACAAAGAAAUCUUAUCAUAUUUGGUAUGACUGCUUUUCUUAUUAUGAGUUUUCUUGUUAAUGGUGAAGCAAUCUUACUUCUACUAGGACAAGAUCCUUCAGUAGCUCAAGUAAGCGGGGAUUAUUUGACCUUCUUUCUUCCUGGCUUAUUUUUUUAUUCAAUAUAUAUUUGCCUAUACAAGUAUCUCUCAUCUCAAAAUAAAGUCAUAAUAAUUAUGAUUAUAGGUCUAAUUUGUAAUGCCUUUAAUAUUGGAUCACAUUUUCUCUUGGUCACCAAACUUCAAAUGUCUAUAAGGGGUUCAGCUAUUUCUCUCAGCUGUAGCUAUUGCUUAAUGCUUAUCACAACACUUUUAUGUAUAAGGUUAAGUAAAUUGUACAAGAGCACUUGGUCUGGGUUUUCGUUAGAGUGUUUUAUAGGAUGGUCAAUAUUUCUCAAAUUAGCUAUAUCGGGCAUGAUUAUGUUGUGUAUUGAAUGGUGGAGUUUUGAACUUGGUAUAUUUCUUGCUGGCUUACUUGGAAAAACUGACUUAGCAGCCCAGAGUGUAGCUUUCCAAAUUGAUUUAUUUAUUUAUCGCAUUCCUCUAGGAUUUGGAAUAGCUACAGGAAUAAGAACUGGACAAUUUCUAGGCAACGGUUCCUCAGACGGAGCUAAAACUUCUACAAAUGUUGCUUUUACAAUAGCAGGUACUAUUGGUUUAACUAAUAUAUUAAUAUUUAACUUUGGAAAGCAUCUUUUGCCUCAAAUAUUUACAUCAAUAAGUCAAGUUAUCAACAUCGUUGGAGUACUACUACCAAUAAUGUCAGCAUAUGUUGUUUUCGAUGGAUUUAAUUCAAUGAGCUCUGCAGUACUUAGGGGCUGUGGAAGGCAGAAAAUUGGUGCAAUUUCUAUUUUUUCCGGCUAUUGCGUUGGUUUAACUAUUGGUAUAUCCCUUAUGUUUAAAACAUCUUUAAGAGCCCAAGGGUUUUGGAUUGGUUUAUCAGUUGGUCUUGGUAUUUGUGCUAUUGUAAAUUUUAUAAUUGUUGCAAGAACAAACUGGAUAAAUGAAACUUAUCUCGCUUCAAUACGAACAGAAACAAAUCCAGAAGGGAAAGCUUUACUAGAUGAAGAAAAUAAGCCGCAGCCUUAUUCAGAAGAAAGAUCGUUAGAAGAUGAAGAUAUAAAUUCAAAUGUUUCAGUUUCAAAACUAACAAUAUUUAAAAAAUUAUUUACAAUUAUAAUUAUUGUAUGGCUUAUUUACAAAAGAGGCCUGAUAAAGUUUCAACAUCAUUGCGUAGUGUACGAACUUUGGUCAGUUAAGCCUAAUAAACAUAAGCGUAAUAUGACUGCCUCAGCAACUACCAAUAUAUUCAGGAAAGCUUUUCCAAAUGGAUAUUGGAAAGAAUUUAAGGGAAUAAAUUCUUUAGCAUGGAGAAUAAUUUUUGUUCAAUUAUCUCAAAUGUUAGUUGGUCCAAUAGCAGUUAUAUUUUGUGGAAGGUUAGGAAAAAUUGAAUUGGAUGCUGUUUCACUAGCUGUUUCGGUAGUGAAUGUCACUGGAUUUUCAUUAGCUACGGGGCUUGGAGCGGCUUGUGAAACUCUCUUUUCUCAGAUUUAUGGCAGUAAGAACAAGAAGUUUGUAGGUGUUGUGUUGCAAAGGAGUCUUGUUAUUAUGAGUUGUGCAGCAUUCAUCUGUAUGACAAUCCAUGUGAACACUGGUGCCAUUUUAAGAGCAAUUGGUCAAGAUCCCGAAAUAUCUCAUCUAACAGGAAUUUACGUUAUUAUCCUUCUACCAGGAAUUUUCGCUUACUUUAUUAACAUUUGCCUUUCAAGAUAUCUUAUGACUCAGGACAAAGUACUACCAGUAGUAAUUAUUGGAUUUAUAUCAAAUGGAGUGAAUGCUGGUCUACAUGGUCUACUUGUAAUUUACUGGGAUUUUUCGAUAAAGGGAUCAGCUGUCGCUCAGAGCUGCUGUUUUAUUGUUAUGUGUUUACUAACACUACUUUAUAUAAUAUUUAGUAAAUUUUACGAGCCUACAUGGGAUGGCUUCCAAAAAGAAUGUCUCUUUGAGUGGUCUGUAUUUGUUAAAUUAGCAAUUCCCGGAAUGAUAAUGAUCUGUGUUGAAUGGUGGAGUUUUGAAAUUGGUGUCUUUCUUGCCGGCGUCAUAGGAAAAACAGAAUUAGGCGCUCAAAGUGUACUCUUUCAGUUAGAAACAGUAGCAUACAUAUUACCCUAUGGACUUGAAAUAGCAGCAACAAUUAGAAUAGGACAAUUUUUGGGUAGCGGUGAUAAAGACGCUGCAAGAACGUCAGCUCAUGUAACAUAUACAAUAAUGACAACCUUUUCUCUCAUUCUUAUUUUAAUAUUCAGUAUUGGAAGAUAUGGUCUACCAAAAAUAUUUACAGAUGUUGAAGAUGUAAUUUUAAUGUCAGCUACAGUUAUGCCUGCUUUAGCGGCUUACUUAUUCUUUGACGGGUUAAAUGCGGUUAGUUGUGGUAUGUUAAGAGGUUGUGGAAGACAAUCAACAGGUGCGUUUGUAAUAAUUAUUGGAUAUAUGGGAGCAUUGGCAGUCGGAAUUUCUCUUCUUUUCAAAACAAAGUUAAAACUUUUGGGUUUAUGGAGUGGUUUAGCUGGAGGAUUAACAUUUUGUGGAAUAACUAAUUUUCUCCUUGUAAUAUUCACCAAUUGGCCACGUCAAGUUGAACUAGCCGCAAAGAGAACAGAGGAUGAUAGAGAAAAAGAAUCUCUCCUUGCUCAUUAUUCUAACAAAUCUUACAACGAUGAAAUUCAAAGUAAUGUAGUUGAAAAGAGAAAACGUAUAUACCCAAAAGUUAUCUUCAUUAUAUUUUCGCUCUCUGUCUUCAUUGCUGGAAUCGUUAUUCAAUACUUUACUGAUGGAUUCAACUUUGACGUAUACUCUAAAAUCAACACAACAAUUGACUAUAAUAUGACUAUACUCAAUUAUUCAACACCUGGAACACUCUUAAAUAUAUUCCCUUAA